UGGAGGAAACAGUACACACGUGUUUACGUUGCUGAAGGUUACAGAAGCAGCAGCAGCAGCCGGUAGAAGUCUGAUCGACUGUCCGCUGUGCAGGCUCGGCAGGACGGACUGAGUGUGUGGCUGAAGGCGGCAGUGAGCAGCGGUGAAGCGCGGACAUGGAUCCCAUGAAGGCCCAGCAGCUGGCGGCGGAGCUAGAGGUGGAGAUGAUGGCAGACAUGUACAACCGAAUGACCAACGCCUGCCACAGGAAGUGUGUACCGCCACACUACAAGGAGGCGGAGCUGACAAAGGGGGAGUCGGUGUGCCUGGACCGCUGCGUGGCCAAAUACCUGGACCUCCAUGAGAAGCUGGGUCGCAAGCUGACAGACCUCUCUGUGCAGGACGAGGAACUGAUGAGGAAAGCAGCUGUCGGCGGCGAAUAGAGACACUGAUGAAGGAAAUGACAUGUGGCAGGGGGGCGGGUGUUACCGGGUUACGGGAUGGGUUUAGCAUGUCUGGUUUCUAUGCAAUGAGAGACUGGUGUUUUAAUGUAAAGGGUGGAUAAACUUAAAAAAACAAAACCGUUAAAUUAAUGUUGAGACAAACUGCAGAUGGGGUUAGAGGACGCACUCAGUGGAACUACUGCAUACCUUGAAACUGCUCAGAGCGUCCACCGGCGUCUUUGGACCAGUCCGAUUCGUUUGGUCCUCAAGCAGUCAACUGCAAACUGAAUGGAGAGAAGAAAGACCUGGGACAUUUAACGUUUAUUUAAGUCCCACUUUGUGCUUGUUUUCAGCUGCUUUGCUGUUGCUGCUGAACCUUUGUGAUACCAACCAUGUGGUACUCGCAGCCGGUUUAAACAAGCACUAUUGAUCUGAAAUCAACCUUCGAUCCUAAGUCGCUCUUUGAACAGUUUUUCUUUGUGAAAGGGCUGAAAGUAAACACGGGCCUCUUCUCAAGGUUGCACCACAUCUUGAUAUUCAGGUGGAGUUGUCUGUUAUGCAGACUAAGUAGUAUUACUCCUGUUCAAAACCUUGAAAUACAGCAAAUCAAAUACAGAUACAUGGAUCAGGGUGUGCACUGAAUUAAUUAUGUGAAAGUAUGGUGUGAGCCAACACAAGUUUUUACACACUAGAGCCUGACUGAUAAUGAUUUGGGGACUAAUGCUGAUAUUGGGAUGUGAAAACAUUUCAAAUAGAUCGGCCCAUAUAUAUAAAAAAAUUGGCAAUGAUUCCUUAUAUAUUAUCAAACUCUUAUUAGAAAGAAAUUGAGUCGUCAUAUUUUACAGUUCAAACAUAAACUUCAUUAUAAUUGAUUAUGAAUAAAAAUCAAAUACAAGUAAAUAAAUACAACUUUUCUGAAUUGUUUAUUCUGUAAAAUAAAACGUUUUCAAAGAAACUGACUAAGUUUACAUGGACAUAAAUUCUGAUAUCAGUCUGAUUAAGACAAUGGUCUGAACAAGUCACUGUCAUGUAAUGGACUUUUUGAAGCUGAAAUGGGGCGUCCUUGGAAUAAACAAUCAAAUUAAGACGUGGAGUAUUCUGACCUUAGUCCCUUUAUGUAUAGGUCUUAACCCCAUAACAUCCUAUUACAGUUUUCACAGCAUUUUGUGACAGCUACCAGCUGCUUUACGACACAUGCCCUGGGUGGAAACCAGUCGGAGAAACAAAAAAGAGUUGUAGCUUUUGGGAAAUUCCAAAGAAGACAACCCAAACGGUACAUGGUAGCAUCAUACAUUAAACUAUUAUGUGUUGGGGUUUUGAAACUGGGGGAAUAACGUCAGACGCUGUGAGUCAUGUCGGGCUCUGCUCUGUGACUUGGCAAUGAGAAUAUGAUUGAAAUGUUCUAUUAGCAGCUCAUGGUCGUGUUUUUCUGAAUAAGGUCAAUAAUCUGAACAUAGAUGUCCAUGUAAACAAAGUCAGUGAUACUCACUGUGAAAGGUUCAUAUCAACUGAUAUAGUCAGUCCAUAUAUCUGUCGGGCUUUACAACGACACUCUGCAUAGUUUACUUACAGACCCAGACUCGUAGCCUGGUCAUUGUGGUUACAUGGACUUUAGUGGAAGACAGACUGCACUUUGAUCAUUCGUCAUGUCUGUUGUGCUGUAUGUCAGUGGACCAUGUUUUACACUGUGAUGUUUUUUUUUUCCUGUUGUUUUUCACUGUCAUUAGUUACUCUGAUUAAACAAAGUCCAACUUGA